AUGUCAUCUGCAGUAUUAUGUCGACUUGCCAAAACAUGUCGUCCAACAUUAGCAAUUUAUCAUGGACGCAAUUUUGCUACUAGUUCAUCGGUUGAAACGAACAGUUGUAGCACUGAUACGACGACACCAUCGUCCAAUAAUCGGCGAACAGUUACUUUGAUACCAGGUGAUGGAAUUGGUCCGGAAAUCUCACGAAGUGUUCAACAAAUAUUUGAUGCUGCAGAUGUACCAAUAAAUUGGGAGGCUGUUGAUGUUACACCUGUUAAGGCGCCUGAUGGUAAAUUUCGAAUUCCUAGUCAUGCUAUUGAAUCAGUAACAAAAAAUCGUAUUGGACUUAAAGGCCCAUUAGCAACACCUGUUGGCAAGGGACAUCAAUCACUUAAUCUUGCUUUACGUAAACAAUUUAAUUUAUUUGCUAAUGUCAGACCAUGUAAAAGUAUUCAAGGUUAUCAAACACCAUAUACAAAUGUUGAUCUUGUUACAAUACGUGAAAAUACUGAAGGAGAAUAUUCAGGUAUUGAACAUACUAUUGUGCCAGGUGUUGUACAAAGUAUUAAACUUAUUACUCAACAUGCAUCAUUACGUGUAUGUGAAUAUGCAUUUCUCUAUGCUAAACAACAUAAACGAGAAAAAGUAACAGUUGUUCAUAAAGCAAAUAUAAUGCGACUUUCAGAUGGUUUAUUUCUUCAAUGUGCACGGGAAGUUGCUGAAAAAUAUCCUGAAGUUCAAUUUGAAGAAAUGUAUCUUGAUACAGUUUGUUUAAAGAUGGUUCAAGAUCCAACACAAUUUGAUUGUCUCGUUAUGCCAAAUUUAUAUGGAGAUAUUCUAAGUGAUCUCUGUGCUGGUCUUAUUGGUGGAUUAGGUCUGACACCUAGUGGAAAUAUUGGUGAAAAUGGAGCAGCCAUUUUUGAAGCUGUUCAUGGUACAGCACCUGAUAUUGCUGGACAAGAUAAAGCUAAUCCAACAGCAUUACUUUUAAGUGGCGUUAUGAUGUUACGUCAUUUACAAAUGUUUGAUAAAGCCGAACGUAUUGAAAGAGCUUGUUUUGAUACAAUUAAAGAUGGAAAGACACUUACGGGCGAUUUGGGUGGUAAAUCAAAAUGUUCAGAAUAUACUGGUGAAAUUUGCAAACGUAUAAAAAAUUGA